CUUAGUUUUGGAGAAUAUUUGACUAUUAGAAAUUUUUACAUGUAAUAGUGAUUCUUCAUAACUGAAUUCAUUUUUGGGUCAUGAGGACCUCCCUAAUGGUUUGCAAAACACUCUAGAAAUAUAGUUCUUCAAUUAUUUAAGGCUAACUACACAUUAUUCCAGAGGCUUUUAUCUUUACUCCCCAAUGAAAAGUUAUUUCCUAGCAAUUUAUUCAACUAGGAGUUAUUAAGGGUUACUACAAUAUAUUAUUUGUAAGGCAAAAUUAAUGUUACUAAAAUUUACAAGGCCUUCAGUGUCGAUUUUCCACCAAAUCCUUGGUAAAAUUGCAAAAACUCAUUGUGCUCAAGAUGUAAGUAAUCACAGUCAAAUUUUCUGCAGUUUUAGUGGCAAGCACUUCAUUGGGGUGUGAUUAGUGUUGUUGUGACUCGGUUGUAGUUUCCAGUUGUAGCUUUCUUAUAUUUGUUAUUUGUUGAAUUACUCUUCAAUUUUUUAAAGAAAUUGCUUUCUUUUGUUAUUGUUGUACUACUUAUAUUUGGUUGUAAUUUCAUUUCUUCAUAAUUUUCUGAGGUUUCUUUUCUCUUUGUACAUGUUGAAAAGUACAUGUUGGUUUUGGAGUAUUUUGCCCCACAAAUUUCACAACUUUUACUGUUGUAGAGAGUUAGCUAGGUUACUUAAUUGAUUUAGAAUAUAUUAAUUUUCUAAUGUUAUAGAUCUAAAACCACACUGGGGUGUGUCUUUUUUUAAAAUUCCAUUUCUCUUUCUAAUAUUUUGUUUGUUUAUUUUAAAGGGGGAAAGAGUGGGUGAGAAACAUCAGUGCGUGGUUGGUUCUCAUGUGCCCCUUAUUGGGGACCUGGCCUGCAACCCAGGCAUGUGCCCUGACUGGGAUUUGACCUGGCAACUGUUUGGUUUCAGGCCGGCUCUCAAUCUACUGAGCUACACAAGCCAGGGUAUUUUUUUGAUCUAUAAACCAUUUCAUAGUAGUCUAGAGAAAGAAUUCCACUGAUAUCAGAGUUUUAGGUAUUCCAUUUAAAACUAUGGGAAAAGACAGAAAAAAUGUAUCAUAUAGCCAUUUAGUGAUAGUAUUACUAUUAAUAAUGCCCCAGGAUUAUAACUUCUUUUUUGAUUUUAAGAAACUACUAUAUAUUUUGAACUAGUUUUUAAAAGAAUAUAAAAAACUACCAUGAACACAUAGCCUAUUUCUCUUAAUAGAUGAUGCUUAGUCGAAACACUGACAUUAGAAUAUUUUUGUGGUAAUUUGUCCUAAGAAGACAGAAAAUUCUAACAGGUAGAAAGUUUUCUUUUGAGCAUUAUAUGAUAAACUCUGAUCACCUUGAAAACUAACAAACUUUGAAUUACUGCAGAGGUCAAAAUGUUUAAGAUCUUGUUGUGGAGUCUUCUAUUGACUUUCUCUGGAAGUCAAGCCUCACGACACUUGGCUCAAAGAAAUACUGAGUUUGCAGCGGAUCUUUAUCAAGCUAUUUGUUCAUCUCAUGAGAACAACAUCAUAUUUUCCCCGCUUGGAACGGUGUUGGCUCUUGGAAUGGUGCAACUGGGAGCAAAAGGAAAAGCACAACAGCAGAUAAGACAAACAUUAAAAUUUCAGGAAACCUCAACUGGAGAAGAAUUUUCUGUGCUGAAGUCAUUUUUCUCUGCCAUCUCAGAGAAAAAACAAGAAUUUACAUUUAAUCUUGCCAAUGCCCUCUACCUUCAAGAAGGAUUCACUGUGAAAGAACAGUAUCUCCAUGGCAACAAGAAAUUUUUUCAGAGUGCCAUAAAAGUGGUGGAUUUUCAGGAUGCAAAAGCUUGUGCAGAGACAAUAAGUGCCUGGGUAGAAAGCGAAACAGAUGGAAAAAUUAAAAACAUGUUUUCAGGGAAAGAAUUUGGCCCUCUGACUCAGCUUGUCCUGGUGAAUGCCAUUUAUUUCAAGGGGGAUUGGAAACAAAAAUUCAGAAAAGAGGACACACAGCUGAUGAAUUUCACUAAGAAAGAUGGUGCAGCAGUCAAAGUUCCAAUGAUGAAGGCUAUUUUGAGAACAAAAUAUGGUUAUUUUUCUGAAUCCUCCAUGAACUACCAGGUUUUGGAAUUACCUUACAAAAGUGACGAGUUCAGUUUAAUCAUUAUACUUCCUGCAGAAGAGGUGAACAUAGAAAACAUGGAAAAACUAAUUACUGCUCAUCAAAUCUUGAAAUGGUUCUCUGAGAUGCAAGAAGAGGAAGUGGAAAUAAGCCUCCCUAGAUUUAAAGUAGAACAAAAAUUAGAUUUCAAAGAAGCUUUGUAUUCUUUGAACAUUACUGAAAUAUUUAGUGGUGGCUGUGACCUUUCUGGAAUAACAGAUUCCUCUGAGGUGUACGUUUCUCAGGUCAUGCAGCAAGUUUUCUUUGAGAUAAAUGAAGAUGGCAGUGAAGCUGCAACAUCUACUGGAGUACACAUCCCUGCGAUCAUGAGCCUGGCUAGAAACCAAUUUACAGCAAACCAUCCGUUUCUCUUUAUUAUGAAGAAUAACCCAACAGAUUCAAUUGUAUUUAUGGGACGGGUGACAAGUCCCGACACCCAGAACACGAAAGGAAGAGAUUUAGAUUCACUCUGAAUGAAAUGCACAGAUGAUAAGGUGAUUGAUUACUAGAAAAUUAUUGAUUGGCAAUAUCAUCAUCUUGCAAAUAUAUUCUAUGUACUUUUUUCUGUUUUAAACUGUGCCUGUGUUAAUCUUUAUUAACAUAGACCUGUAUUAAUGAAUAAAUCAAAUUAU